CGCACAUAGGCCUCAGGAUGCGUGUGUGCAUCUCUUGGACGCUCUCCCGCUGCUGCUUGCCUGGUUUUCAUGAUUGAAAGGCGCUUCUCUGUCGGGGGUUUUGUUUGUGGGUUUUGUCGAUUUGCGAGAAGCCCAGAGGCCGGAUUGUUUGGAGCCGGGGCAGCCAGCGAGUAGCGAGGGCGGUGUGCGUCGCCGAUCACCACACUCUUGUUUUCUUCUCCACGGGUAGCGACAUUACGCCGUGCACGCGCUCUGGCUUAUCCGGGCUUAGUCUUUUAGCUUGGCACGCAGCCUCCUCCCCCAUAUUUAUUUCUGGCCGAUUAAUCCACCCGCGAGCAAGGAUGGCUGGCAGCCCAUCCAAAUUCAAGCGAAUCUGCGUCUUUUGUGGGAGCAGUAGCGGCAGGAAGAGGAGCUACAGCAAUAGUGCUCUGGAGCUGGGCAAGGAACUGGUCGGGCGCAAGAUCGAUCUGGUGUAUGGCGGUGGGAACGUGGGGCUCAUGGGCCUCAUUGCGCAGGCUGUGCACGAAGGUGGAGGCCAUGUCACUGGGGUGAUUCCGAAGGCGCUCAUGUCUAGCGAGAUAUGCGGCCAAACGGUGGGAGAGGUGCGGCCGGUUGCCGAUAUGCACCAAAGGAAAGCCGAGAUGGCACGCCAAGCCGACGCCUUCAUUGCUCUUCCUGGUGGCUACGGAACUUUGGAGGAGCUGUUAGAGGUGAUAACAUGGGCUCAGCUCGGAAUCCACGACAAGCCGGUGGGAUUGCUGAACGUGGAUGGCUACUUCAAUCCGCUGCUCAACUUGUUUGACAAGGGAACCGAGGAGGGGUUUAUCCAGCCAUCUUAUCGGCAGAUAGUUGUUUCCGCGUCGACAGCUCACGAACUUGUGAAUAGAUUGGAGGAGUACGUUCCGAUGUACAUCUGUGUUGCCCCCAAAGAGACAUGGGCAAGGGAGAAGCUCGUCUUUUCGAACGUGCCAAGCCUGGCGUCAUGACUCGCGCGUAAUAUUAUACCAGCUUCAUCAUGGUGUACAAAUAUCCCGUUGCUGGAACGCCAUACAUAGCUACGCCUUUUAGGGGAGCCCCAAUGCAUGGACUUUGACAAGCCCAAGAAAAAGUCCAUUCACAAACACACACACACACACACACACUCACCUUUCUUCUAUAACCCCUUCCAUCCAUCUGUCUGUCCAUCCUUUAAAUUUCUUUGUUGCCCAUUGGCAACCAACCUCUUUGUUUCCCCAACCUUCUUUCACACAAUGAUCCUGGUGUUGCUAGGAAGGAACAAGCACCAGUGACACGAAGGGGGUAGGCAGCAAACUUGAUGACUAAAGUUUUUUUUUUUUUUUUUUGUCAUAUAAUAUACAUAUAUAUAUAUGUAUACUACACGAGGAAUCAAUCAAUCAAUGAAGAUCACAAAAUUACAAGA